CUUCCACUCGCUAUCUGCUGAUAGCUGUCCACCUUCUUUUGCCGCUUCGCAGAUGAUAUAUAUCUCUCAUUAUCCGAUGGCUUGUCUUUCGUCUCCCAUCCCUUCCUGACCGCAACUGAACAUCAUUUCCGUUGUCACAUACCAGCUUCGGUAUCUAGGUCUUUCUACUCCUACCGCAAGCCUAUAAAGUGACAUGGCCGCUCUCGCACCUUCAGACAGCCUUGUCAAAGACGACGUAGACGUCAAGACAGAACAGGCCCAUAUCGAACACCUGGACAUUCGUCAAAACGACCUUGCUGGCUUGAAGAAUGUCAAGGAUCAAGAGGCUGCUGGUUAUGUAGACCCGACAGUUCUCAUCUCCGACGCCAAUAAUAUCAGAUUGAGGAGAAAGAUCCACCGAAGAAUCCUCCCCAUCUUAUGUCUCGGGUACCUCUGCCAGGCUUUGGACAAAGGCACACUGACCUCGUCCUCCAUCAUGGGGUGGCUCGAAGACGUUGGAGCCAAGGGACAGGAUUUCAGUUUGACUACGACGCUGCUCUGGUGUGGUAUUAUUAUCGGAGAGCCCGUUGCAAACCAACUGGUCCGCCGACUGUCUCUCAGGUACAUUCUCUCUGGAGGUAUCUUCAUCUGGAGUGCCUUGAUCAUCGGUUUGGGAUUCUCUUUCAACAUUCAUGCCGUAUUCGGAGUUCGGUUCCUUUUGGGCUUUACCGAAUCCGUCGUCGGCCCUUGCAUGUUGGCUCUCAUGGUACAAUGGUAUCGAAUCGAAGAACAGCCCUUCGUCACGAGUAUUUGGCAAGCUAUGCUCGGCACUGCGACCGGAAUCAGUGCUCUUUUCGCUUACGGAUUCUACCAUAUUCAGAAUGGAAAGAUCCAUAGCUGGCAGUGGCUUCACAUCACAGUCGCUCUCAUCAGCUUUGUCUGCUCCAUCAUCGUCUUCCUUUUCUUGCCCAGCUCUCCUACCAAAGCACGUUGGGCGACUGAAGAAGAAAAGAUCCUCUUCGUCGAGCGCGUCCGUGCCAACAACCAAGGUCUCAAGCAAAAACAUUGGAACACGGCUCAAGCGCGCGAAGCGUUUACCGACCCCUUCACUUUGUGUCUCUUCGCUCUUUGCGUGUUCAACACUCUGGUAGUCGGGGGCAUCAGCACCUUUUCAGGUCUGCUCAUCACUAAGGCCUUUGGUUUCUCAAACUUGGAUGCUCAAUUGCUGAGUAUUCCUAUCGGCGCUAUGGGCGUGAUCACUUUCUUGACCAUGGGCUUCUGCAUCCGAAAGACCGACCAGACAUGCUACACCAUGAUCGCUUUCACCAUCCCCAACAUUGUCGGCACCGUAGUCCUACUCACUGUCGCGCCGACGAGCAAGACGAAGGGUGGCUUGGUGGUCGCCUUCUACGUGAUGCAAUUCUUCGGAGCUUGCUAUCCCGCAACUUUGAUGCUCUUGGCCAGAAACUCUGCGGGUCAAACAAAGAAGAGUAUUACCUACGCCGUUACAUUCAUUGGUUGGGCUGGAGGGAAUGCAAUCUCGACGCAAAUUUUCCAAUCGAAAUGGAGUCCUCGUUACUUCAACGCACUCUACAUUCACCUCGCACUUUAUGGCGGUUUCAUCAUUACUGCUCUUCUUACCCGUAUGCUCUUGGCUCGCCGCAACAAGAAAAAUAUUCAGGGUAUCGAGGCUCGCAAGGCCGCAGAGGGAGAAUGUUACCUGGAAAAUGCCCGGGCUUUCGAGGACUUGACCGAUAGACAGAAUCCAGACUUUAUCUACAGUCUCUGAUGAUUGAUUUGUGCUGGGCCCAUGAUUUUCAUUAGUAAUUCAGUCCAACAAAUGCAGGCUUUUUCUCGUGGAAUGUUGG